AUGUUGAGUCAAGUCAUCUCAGAAUUGCAGCAAGAAUAUGAGGGCCUACAGAAGAUUAUAAAAGAACUCAGUUUCAUUUCAGAAGAGAUGGUGAAGAGGAAGCGCAUGAACCACAAAAAAGAUCUACAUCUAAGUAAAACUUUGCCUGUUGAUUCAUCAAAAUCUAGUUCCAGUAUCAAGAGUGGUAUGGUUGGAUUUGAUGAUGAGUUGAUUCAAAGUAAGGAUCGACUCACUGGAUCAUCCACAAAACUUGAAAUCAUUUCAAUUGUUGGAAUGGAAGGUAUUGGUAAAACUAGACUAGCUGAAAAUAUUUAUGAUGACUCACUUAUUGUGAAACGCUUCCACACUCGUGCUUGGAUAAGGGUAUCUCAAAAUUAUCAUGUACAAGAAAUGCUCAUUAGUGUUCUAUACUCAAGAAGAAACCUUAGUCAUGAAUCAUAUGAAAAUGAUACUGAAAAACUGGGUGAGCAAUUAUACAAAACUGUGAAGGGAAACAGAUAUCUCAUUGUAAUGGAUGACGUGUGGGACACCAAGGUAUGGGAUGAAGUCCAAAGGUUUUUUUCCGAUGACAACAAUAGCAGUCGGAUCAUAUUGACUACUCCAAAGUUAUAUGUGGCUCUUUAUGCCAACUCUUCCAGCCCUAUUUGCCAUCUGAGUUUAUUAAGUUCCAUACAAAGUUGGGAAUUGUUGCGUCACCUGGUAUUUGGGAAACAAUGUCAUCCUCCUGAAUUCGAGGAAAUUGGAAUGGCCAUUGCAAAUAAUUACAGAGGACGUCCACUUUCAGUCUCAGUUAUUGGUGGCCUCCUCUACAGAAGCAAGAGGACAGUUGAUCAUUGGAUACAGGUAAAACGAAAUAUCAACUCUGUAGUAACUGGCCCGGAGGACCAAAUCAUGGAGAUCCUAUCAUUGAGUUAUAAUGACUUGCUGUAUCAUCCGAGAUCAUGUUUCCUUUAUAUGGGAGCUUUCCUUGAAGAUCGUCAGAUCCAAAUACCCAAACUCAUCAAGCUAUGGGUUGCCAAGGGAUUUGUUAAGCCAAUUGGUUCUAAAAGCUUGAAAGCAAUAGUUGAGACAUAUUUGGAAGAUCUUAUUGAUAGAAAUAUGGUUCUCAUUCUUAAGAGAACUUUUACUGGUAAAAUCAAAGCCUGUGGCCUCCAUGAUCUCAUGCGAGACUUCUAUGUAAGGAAAGCUCAGGACGAGAAGUUUCUUCAGGUCAUGGAUCCACAUGUUGAGUUCUCUCGCAUAAGUAUCCAUUCAGAUAUUUAUAAUCACUUUCCAGAAAUUUGCCUCCCCUGUUCGAUCUUUUCUACAAUUCCAUAUCCAAAUGACGGGUACGAGAAACAUUUUUAUUCCCUUCCCACUGCUAAGGGUAUUGAAUGCAUCCAACCUAAUGUUGCCGAGGUUCCCAGUCGAAGUAAUAGAACUGGUUAA